UCCCCCCCGCUAGUGAGUGCGCGAACGAGAAAGGAGGAGGGCGCUCCAGGCGAAAGCACUGCGGACGCCAUUAUCCUCUGUUUCUCUGCUGCACCAACCUCGACGUCUUGCCUACGUCCCGCUGGUUUGUGGCCUAUAGGCUACUGCAGGACUAGGGUGUCAGUUGGUCCCGCCCAGAACACUUUGAGUUCUGCUCUGCAAGGAUAUAUAAUAACUGAUUGGUGUGUCCAUUUAAUACGAGAAAAUGGAAACGGAACAGCCAGAGGAAACCUUUCCCAACACCGAAACCAAUGGUGAAUUUGGUAAACGCCCUGCCGAAGAUAUGGAAGAGGAACAAGCUUUUAAAAGAUCGAGAAACACUGAUGAGAUGGUUGAAUUACGCAUUCUGCUUCAGAGCAAGAAUGCUGGGGCAGUGAUUGGGAAAGGAGGCAAGAAUAUUAAGGCUCUCCGUACAGACUACAAUGCCAGUGUUUCAGUCCCAGACAGCAGUGGCCCCGAGCGCAUAUUGAGUAUCAGUGCUGAUAUUGAAACAAUUGGAGAAAUUCUGAAGAAAAUCAUCCCUACCUUGGAAGAGGGCCUGCAGUUGCCAUCACCCACUGCAACCAGCCAGCUCCCGCUCGAAUCUGAUGCUGUGGAAUGCUUAAAUUACCAACACUAUAAAGGAAGCGACUUUGACUGCGAGUUGAGACUGUUGAUUCAUCAGAGUCUGGCAGGAGGAAUUAUUGGGGUCAAAGGUGCUAAAAUCAAAGAACUUCGAGAGAACACUCAGACAACGAUCAAGCUUUUCCAGGAAUGCUGUCCUCAGUCCACUGACAGAGUUGUUCUUAUUGGAGGAAAACCUGAUAGGGUUGUAGAGUGCAUAAAGAUCAUCCUUGAUCUUAUAUCAGAGUCUCCUAUCAAAGGACGUGCUCAGCCUUAUGAUCCCAAUUUUUAUGAUGAAACUUACGAUUAUGGUGGUUUUACAAUGAUGUUUGAUGACCGCCGUGGACGUCCAGUGGGAUUUCCCAUGCGAGGAAGAGGUGGCUUUGACAGAAUGCCUCCUGGUCGGGGUGGGCGUCCCAUGCCUCCAUCUAGAAGAGAUUAUGAUGAUAUGAGCCCUCGUCGAGGACCUCCUCCACCUCCUCCUGGACGAGGUGGCCGGGGUGGUAGCAGAGCUCGGAAUCUUCCUCUUCCUCCACCACCACCACCUAGAGGAGGAGAUCUGAUGGCCUAUGACAGAAGAGGAAGACCUGGAGACCGUUAUGAUGGCAUGGUUGGUUUCAGUGCUGAUGAAACUUGGGACUCUGCAAUAGAUACAUGGAGCCCAUCAGAGUGGCAGAUGGCUUAUGAACCACAGGGUGGCUCUGGAUAUGAUUAUUCCUAUGCAGGGGGUCGUGGCUCAUAUGGUGAUCUUGGUGGACCUAUUAUUACUACACAAGUAACUAUUCCCAAAGAUUUGGCUGGAUCUAUUAUUGGCAAAGGUGGUCAGCGGAUUAAACAAAUCCGUCAUGAGUCAGGAGCUUCGAUCAAAAUUGAUGAGCCUUUAGAAGGGUCCGAAGAUCGGAUCAUUACCAUUACAGGAACACAGGACCAGAUACAGAAUGCACAGUAUUUGCUGCAGAACAGUGUGAAGCAGUAUGCAGAUGUUGAAGGAUUCUAAUGCAAGAUAUUUUUUCUUUUUUAUAGUGUGAAGCAGUAUUCUGGAAAGUUUUUCUAAGACUAGUGAAGAACUGAAGGAGUCCUGCAUCUUUUUUUUUUUAUCUGCUUCUGUUUAAAAAGCCAACAUUCCUCUGCUUCAUAGGUGUUCUGCAUUUGAGGUGUAGUGAAAUCUUUGCUGUUCACCAGAUGUAAUGUUUUAGUUCCUUUCAAACAGGGUUGGGGGGUGGGGGAGGGUGUGCAAAAACUAACAUUGAAAUUUUGAAACAGCAGCAGAGUGAGUGAAUUUUAAUUUUUGUUCGUUGUUGGUGGUUAAAAAAAAAAUUCCCCCCAUGUAAUUAUUGUGAACACUUUGCUUUGUGGUCACUGUAACAUUUGGGGGUGGGGGACAGGGAGGAAAAGUAACAAUAGUCCAUAUGUCCCUGGCAUCUAUUUCAGAGCAGUGUGCAGAAUGUAAUGCUCUUUUGUAAGAAACGUUUUAUGAUUUUUAAAAUAAAUUUAGUGAACCUA